AUGCAGAAUGAUCUGCCAAACCCACUGUUUGACAAAGUUUUCAUUGGCACUGAGUUUGGCACCGAGUCCGACCAACCUCGGUCCACAGGCUACAAAGUUCACCCCUUCCCAACGAUCCUCGCUUUGGGUAUCGUCCUCAUUGAACUUGAAUUGGGAGAAGAUCUUGCCGACAUUCAAGAUGAACAUUCAUUCGCGUCCAUCAAGCACAAACCAUAUUACGUCGCUCAGUACCUGCUGAAGGAAGUUAUGAAACGUUUCAAUCUGGAUUCAGGCCUUCUUCGAGCUGCCAAGUUUUGUAUUGACCGGGCAUCUUUUGCUCAUUUCGAACCUUUGAGCACCGACACCCUUCUUCUGAACCAGGAUUUCGUCGACACUUAUUACAACAGUAUUGUGCGCCCGCUAGAGCAAGAUUUGGUGAAGGGGGCAUUUUGGACCUGGGAACAGGUUGACCAGCUAACACCUCCCAGUCUUGUUCAGACUGGGAUCUGUAAAGUGUUCACUAAGAAUCCUGUGAGGAAGCGCCAUGGAGAGACCUUAGGUUUUAAUACGCGUCGCGUACUUAACGGCGAUCAAACCGCUGUCGCUAUGUCAAGUCUGAAAGAAAGCAAAGAUGUGAUUCUACAGUCGCUGAAAAGUUCCGCACAUCUACAUCCCGCAAUCGGCCGAACAAAAACCUCCGAGAAACCCCGAUCCAAACUUUCGGAAUGUGAGAAUGCCCAAAGCCAACCUGCCCACGGUGGGAAACAAAUAAUAUCGGAAGGCUGUUCACUCUCAACGGAACCGGAGAGGUUACCGGUGACAAAAAAAAACCGCCAUUCAAGACCGCGAAGUCGUGAUGAUUUCGAAGUCGCCAUCAUAUGCGCGCUUCCAAGGGAAGCCAGUGCUGUACACGCCCAUUUUGAGAAGCACUGGGAGGACGACGGUGGUAUUUAUACAUAUGGAAAGCAGCACAACGAUAAGAACUCCUAUUCCGUGGGGUCAAUAGGAGGCCAUAAUGUGGUCCUGGCUCACCAAGAGCGGAUGGGCCCAGUGCCGGCAGCAAAAGUGGCGACGAUGUGCUCUAUGAGCUUCACAAAUAUCAAGCUGGCCCUGGUAGUGGGUAUUUGUGGGGGUGUUCCUUCCCCUACGCCUAACGAGGAGAUUCUUCUUGGAGAUGUUGUCAUUAGCAAAGGGAUUGUGCAUUAUACUUUUGGGCGACAGGAUUCUGAUCAAUUCCGUCGGAAGGCUACAGUUGAAGACCAACCAGGAAGGCCUAGUGGCGAGAUUUUAUCACUUCUAGUCAGGCUAGAAACUGAUAUGCACCGUCGAACCCUACAAACAACAAUAGCAGGAUAUCUCGAUGACUUAGAUUACGGGGCACACGGUACAACGAAAAUAUGUUACCCGGGCAACGGACAGGACAAAUUGUUCGAGGCGAAAUACUGCCACAGACACCAAGACGAAUCGACAAUCUGCCCCACUUGUGUGGACGGAAUCUGCGACAUAGCGAGGAAAUCUGGUUGUGAAAAGCUCAAAUGCGACCAACAAAGACUGGUACGGCGUUCGCGGCAAAAUCAGAAAAAUAGGCCUUUGGUACAUUUCGGGCUCAUUGCGUCCGGAGAAACCGUGUUGAAGUCGGGGAUCAAGCGCGAGGCAAUUGCAGAUGAAGCUAAAGUAAUAGCGUUCGAGAUGGAAGGUGCCGGGGUAUGGGACUCAAUUCCCUGUGUCGUCAUUAAAGGUGUGUGUGAUUAUGCCGACAGUCACAAGAAUAAGAUAUGGCAGGACUAUGCGGCGAUGACAGCGGCGGCUUCUGCGAAGGCAUUCCUACAGCAUUGGCCCACCAAUACAACAUUAGAAAGCGAAGGACUUCACUAG